CGAGACGCCCCGAAAAUACUGCCUAAUAAAACCCGAGUAGGCUUCGCACAUCCCUUCGAAAGAAAGACUCCCGACAUAUUUUAUUUAGCCAGCCCAAACGCCGCCGACGAACGCCGAAAACGCGCGCACAUCCGCAAACACAACAACAAGGACAAUAGCCCAGCAACUUGAUAUUUUUGACCAGCUGUCGGGAACAACUAAAUCGAAGCUGUGAAAAUGGAUGACUCACGCGAAGAAAGCCAGUUCAUUGUGGACGACGUGAGCAAGACGAUUAAGGAGGCCAUCGAGACGACCAUCGGUGGCAAUGCCUACCAGCACGACAAGGUGAACAACUGGACCGGCCAGGUGGUGGAGAACUGCCUCACGGUGCUCACCAAGGAGCAGAAGCCCUACAAGUACAUAGUGACCGCCAUGAUCAUGCAGAAGAACGGGGCGGGACUGCACACGGCCAGCUCCUGCUACUGGAACAACGACACCGACGGAUCCUGCACGGUGCGCUGGGAGAACAAGACCAUGUACUGCAUCGUUUCGGUCUUCGGACUGGCCGUUUAAGAGGGAAGGACUGGAAGGAUUCGCGACUGGAACUGGAGGAGGAGGAGGAUCACCCGGGACUGGGGAUCAAUAAUCGCAACUAACUGAUAAGGGGGAGGGAUUAACAAGAUUGCCGUCGUACACACACCACACAAUACCACACACACACACACACACUUUGAUCGGCCAUCCUGCUGCAAGGACGAAAUUAAUAAUGAAACACUGGAAAACAAGGUUGUUUCCAAGCAGUUACCUGCAACUAUUCGUUGCCAGUGUACGCGCCCAAUGUUAUUCUUGAUUUUCAAUCUAAAAGUAUAAAUAAAAAAUUUAAAAACAUAAGAAUAACCAGUGCUGAUAUACUGUAAUAUUGUUUCCAUGGC